GAAAUCUGGGUUAUUUGCGUGUAGCGAAUUGAAAAUGGUCCUACGGUAAUCCAAACAAAAACUCUAUCUGCCUCGAGUUUCAUCAUAUCCUUCUCUCUCUCCAAAUUCAAUCUUAUCCAGACGUCUUGAUUCCAUUUCCUUUGUCUUCAUCUUUAUUCCACUCAUCAUCACCCAUAUCUCUUUCUAUUUUAUCAUUCAAUUUCCUAUUUUUGUUUGUGAGUUUUAGGUAGUGAGGUUCUUCUCCCUAUCUAAUCCUCUUUUCCUGUUUUCCCUUCCAAACCCUCGACUCAUCGCGUGCUCAAUGCUUAUCUUUCAACGAUUGAAUCGAGGGUUUUGUUUCUGAUUCCUAUUUUUUCAACCCCCCUUUGUGGAGAAAUUGCUGAAUAAUCAAUGGCUUUGGCUUCUAUUUUAUGGGGGAUCUUACAACGUCCGUCGAUUUCUGAUAUUAUGAUGGAGCUCUUUGUGUUCACAAUACCUCUAUGGAUAGCUGUCUUUAUUGGGGUUUUGGUUGGGUGGGCAUGGAAACCCAAAUGGGCUAAUUUGGCUGGAGAUGGAUUGGAUUCAUCAUCUUUCUCAAUGGGUUUCGUUUCAUUACCAAACCUGAAUUCUCUGAAAUUACAGUUCCCUGGUUUCAUCUCUUGGAUUGUUGAUACUAAUGAGAGUUCAUCGUCUUCUUCAGCCCCAAAUUCUGAUGACAGUAGUAGUUCAUCAUCACAAGUGGAAGGAGGAGGAAGGAAAUCAUGUGUAGUUAUGGAAGAUGACUUGAGACAUUUAUACCAACUUGUUGAGGAGAAAGAUGGGGGUCCGGAUUGGAUUCAGAUGAUGGAUCGAUCCACAGCGAGAAUGAGUUACCAAGCUUGGCGUAGAGAUCCUGAGACUGGACCACCACAAUAUCGUAGUAGAACUGUUUACGAGGAUGUCAGUCCAGAGAUGGUGAGGGACUUCUUUUGGGACGACGAUUUCCGAAGUAAGUGGGAUGAUAUGCUUCUACAUUCUGAAAUUUUGGAGGAAUAUCCAUCUAAUGGAGCCAUGGUGGUUCAAUGGAUACGCAAGUUUCCAUUUUUCUGUAGUGAUAGAGAAUAUAUUAUUGGGCGACGAAUAUGGGAAUCUGAAGGAACAUACUACUGUAUUACAAAGGGUAUACCUAACUCGAGUGUUCCAAGACGCGACAAACCAAGGCGAGUUGAUUUGUAUUACUCAAGCUGGUUCAUCCGGGCAGUCGAGUCAAAAAAGAGAGGAGGCGAUGAUCGUACUGCAUGUGAAGUGGUUUUGUUCCAUCACGAGGACAUGGGAAUACCAUGGGAAAUCGCAAAGCUUGGCAUAAGACAAGGUAUGUGGGGAGCAGUUAAGAAGAUUGACCCUGGUUUACGAGCAUACCUUAAAGAAAGAGCAUCAUCAUCGGAUUCUCCAAUCUCCAGUAGCGUUUCCUUGGCUAGGGUUUCAACCAAAGUAGACUCUAACUACCUCGGAGAGUUGCAAGACUCGAGAAUGGUAGGAGAUGGAGGUUCGUCGGAGAUUGAAACAAGUGGCGUGGAUGAUUCGGAGAAGGCGUUGGGUGGGAACAAUAUUCCGAGGCUUCUUGUGGUUGGUGGAGCCAUUGUUUUGGCUUGUAGCCUCGACCAAGGGCUGUUAACGAAAGCGGUUAUAUUUGGGGUUGCGAGAAGGUUAGCUAGAAUUGGCAAAAGAAUGUGACUUCAAAACAAUUUAUCUUGUUUUGCAUUCAUUUUUGUAUGUGUAUCAAAUACAAUGGAUAUAAUGUUCAUUUAGAGUUUUCUUUUGUUCUAAUUCUAAAUAUUUUAAAACACUAACUAUAUUCAAAGUUUCAUUUUUU